UUGUAUGGAGUGCUUUGUAUUUCGUGAUUGGUCUCUAAAAAUCUCAUCGGUUUUUCAUUGGUUUUUGAUACCCCAAACAACUAUUGGCAAACACGUGCUAUGAAUUAGUGCAAAUUUUUUUGUUUUGAUCUCAUUCCAUUGUAUUUGUUAAAGUUUUUUCAUCAAUAAUACAAAAAUUUUGUGAAAAAAUCCGAAUUUUUUUUAAAUUGAAUGUGACAAAUAUGACGUAUAUGCAUGAAAGAGCAAGACAGUAAUUUGAAGAAAAAAACGAUUGUAGUGAAUAAGAUGUUCAUGUAUUAAGUGAAUGAAAAAUAAAAGUAUUAUUUCAAAGAAGCUUACAUUUGGAAUUGAAAGAAAUAGAAAUUAAACAAAAACAAUGAUUUUCGUGAAUAGUACUCAGGAUACAACGAAUGAGAACAACGAAGGAGCUUCGGAUGAAAAUGUUCAACUUACAGAGGCCGAAAUAACGUUGGCUGGAUUUUGGCCCACAAUAUCGGACGAGAUAAAGCGUAUCAAAACUGUUGACGCAAAAAAUCAAGUGCUACCCCUUGCCCGCAUCAAGAAAAUCAUGAAAUUAGACGAAGAUGUAAAAAUGAUAUCAGCCGAGGCACCUUUAUUAUUUGCUAAAGCAGCCGAAAUUUUUAUUCAUGAGUUGACACUUCGUGCGUGGAUCCACACGGAGAAUAAUAAACGACGCACUUUACAGCGUAAUGACAUAGCGAUGGCCAUUUCGAAAUUUGACCAAUUUGAUUUUUUAAUUGAUAUCGUUCCACGCGAAGAAAUAAAACCAGUACGAAAAGAAACAACAACAACAACAACCAAAACAAAUUCGGAUCAAGUCAGCUAUUAUCUUCAGUUAGCGCAACAGCAUCAACAAGCCCUACAGAAUACCAAUAACAUAGCAACGACAUCAACGGCGCCGAUAAACAACACCGCCACAUUAAAUGGACCGACCGUGCAAAACACAUUUCAAUUAUCGACGGGUCAAAUGGGUCCAAUCACCACCAUCAAUGCGAAUGGUACUCAACAAAAUAUUCUAGUCACAAAUACCGGCCAACAAAUUUCUUCCGUUGGUGGCGUUGUUAACAGCCUGGGCGGAUUACAAGCAACAGCCCACCAAACGCAACAACCCACUCAAUUACUUCUUCAACAGAUCGUUACACCGAACGGAGAAAUUCAACAUAUGCCGAUAAGCAUUCCGCAGAAUUUGAUACGUAUGCAAGUACAAAAUCAACCGAAUUCACAACCGAUCUUAAUAUCAGCAGCAUCUCUACCAAAUCAACCGCAAAUACUUCAGAUGGCUCAACACGCUCCUUCUGGCCACACUGGAGUCUAUUUGAACCAAAAUAUGUCGGAUGAAUAACAUAACGUUUUCUUUGGUUUUAACACGAAACAAUAAACAGAACUAUUGAUAAUUUUAAUAAAUUAAAUUAAGCAGAGCUCAUAUUCAUUUCAAUUUAUAAUAAAUCACCGUUUUAUUAAAACAA